AUGGGGAAGCUGGUGAUCUCCAUCGAGUUUGCGGCAGAAGAGCUGAAGUUGGAGGAGAAAGCUCACACGCCCAAAGGUGUGGCCUUGUGCUUCAUGCACUUUCGCCCGCUCCUACUCCCACUUUCAACUGGAUCCGAGAAGUUUCACUUUAGGGGACGAGGCAAAGCCAUGCUGCUGGAAGUGGAGUGGCCCGAAGUGCGUCAGAUGGCCAAGCGGGCUCCAUUCUGGCUCCUCUUGCUGGACCAAACUUGGCAGGUCAUGGGCUCCACCUGUUUUGACCUGGGCGCACAGAUCGCCCGGGCCGCGGCCGCCGGCGUGGCGGAGCGUGAGACGGAGAUGGACAGCUUUGGGUUGCUGACGGCCCAAAUGCUGUCCACCCAUGGGAAUCAACAGGUGGCGAGCCUAGACUGUGCAUUCCGAGUGGGGUGCAUCCGUGAUGCGAGCUACACAAGCAACGCAAGCGUUGGGGAUGUUAAGGACAAACUGCGGGAACUACCCAAAGUGGUGGAGGCGGAAGGGUGGGCGAGUUCGUCGGUGUUUGCGGCAUGA